GCGGGGGCGAGGCAGAUGGGGCUCAAGGCGCGCAGGGCGGCGGGGGCGGCUGGCGGCGGCGGCGACGGGGGCGGCGGCGGCGGGGCCGCUAACCCGGCCGGAGGGGACGCGGCGGCGGCCGGCGACGAGGAGCGGAAAGUGGGGCUGGCGCCCGGCGACGUGGAGCAAGUCACCUUGGCGCUCGGGGCCGGAGCCGACAAAGACGGGACCCUGCUGCUGGAGGGCGGCGGCCGCGACGAGGGGCUGAGGAGGACCCCGCAGGGCAUCGGGCUCCUGGCCAAGACCCCCCUGAGCCGCCCGGUCAAGAGGAACAACGCCAAGUACCGACGCAUCCAAACUUUGAUCUACGACGCCCUCGAGAGACCGCGGGGCUGGGCGCUGCUCUACCACGCGCUCGUGUUCCUGAUUGUCCUGGGAUGCUUGAUUCUGGCCGUGCUGACCACGUUCAGGGAGUACGAGACUGUUUCGGGAGACUGGCUGCUAUUACUGGAAACAUUUGCUAUUUUCAUCUUUGGAGCCGAGUUUGCUUUGAGGAUCUGGGCUGCCGGAUGUUGCUGCCGAUACAAAGGCUGGCGAGGAAGACUGAAGUUUGCCAGGAAGCCCCUGUGCAUGCUGGACAUCUUCGUGCUGAUCGCCUCCGUGCCGGUGGUUGCCGUGGGAAACCAGGGCAAUGUGCUGGCCACCUCGCUGCGCAGCCUGCGCUUCCUGCAGAUCCUGCGCAUGCUCCGCAUGGACCGCAGGGGCGGCACGUGGAAGCUCCUGGGCUCCGCCAUCUGCGCCCACAGCAAAGAGCUCAUCACCGCCUGGUACAUUGGGUUCCUGACGCUCAUCCUUUCUUCAUUUCUUGUCUACCUGGUUGAGAAAGACGUGCCCGAGGUGGAUGCACAGGGAGAAGAGAUGAAGGAGGAAUUCGAGACCUAUGCAGAUGCCCUCUGGUGGGGCCUGAUCACACUGGCCACCAUUGGCUACGGAGACAAGACGCCCAAAACGUGGGAGGGCCGCCUGAUUGCAGCCACCUUUUCCUUAAUCGGCGUCUCCUUUUUUGCCCUUCCAGCGGGCAUCCUGGGGUCGGGGCUGGCACUCAAGGUACAGGAGCAGCACCGGCAGAAGCACUUUGAGAAAAGAAGGAAGCCGGCCGCUGAACUCAUUCAGGCUGCCUGGAGGUAUUAUGCUACCAACCCAAACAGGAUUGAUCUCGUGGCAACGUGGAGGUUCUAUGAAUCAGUCGUCUCUUUUCCGUUCUUCAGGAAAGAACAGCUGGAAGCUGCAGCCAGCCAAAAGCUGGGUCUCUUGGAUCGGGUUCGCCUUUCUAAUCCUCGUGGUAGCAAUACUAAAGGAAAGCUAUUUACCCCUCUGAAUGUAGAUGCCAUAGAAGAAAGUCCUCCUAAAGAACCAAAGCCUGUUGGCUUAAACAAUAAAGAACGCUUCCGCACCGCCUUCCGCAUGAAAGCCUACGCUUUCUGGCAGAGCUCUGAAGAUGCUGGGACAGGUGAUCCCAUGGCAGAAGACAGGGCCUACGGGAAUGACUUCCUCAUCGAAGAGAUGAUCCCCACCCUGAAGGCCGCCAUCCGAGCCGUCAGAAUUCUACAAUUCCGUCUCUAUAAAAAAAAAUUCAAGGAGACUUUGAGGCCUUACGACGUGAAGGAUGUGAUUGAGCAGUAUUCUGCAGGACAUCUCGACAUGCUUUCCAGGAUCAAGUACCUUCAGACAAGAAUAGACAUGAUUUUCACCCCUGGACCUCCGUCUACCCCAAAACACAAGAAGUCUCAGAGAGGGGCAGCAUUCACCUACCCAUCCCAGCAAUCUCCCAGGAACGAACCGUACGUAGCCAGAACAUCCACGUCGGAAAUCGAAGACCAAAGCAUGAUGGGGAAGUUUGUGAAAGUUGAAAGACAGGUUCAUGACAUGGGAAAGAAACUGGACUUCCUCGUGGAUAUGCACAUGCAGCACAUGGAAAGGCUGCAGGUGCACGUCACGGAGUACUACCCGACCAAGGGCACCUCCUCGCCGGCCGACAUGGAGAAGAUGGAGAACAACCGAGAUUCUGAUUUGAAAACCAUCAUCUGCAACUAUUCGGAGAUGGGCCCCCCCGAGGCCCCCUACAGCUUCCACCAGGUGCCCAUUGACAAAGUCGGCCCCUACGGGUUUUUUGCCCAUGACCCAGUGACCCUUCCCCGAGGAGGACCCAGUUCGGGAAAGGUCCAGGCGACGCUUUCCUCCUCAGCAACGACGUAUGCAAAAAGGCCCACCGUCCUGCCUGUCUUGACUCUUCUCGACUCCCAAGUGAGCUAUCACUCCCAGGCUGAACUGCAUGGCCCCUGCUCGGACCGGGUCUCCCCUCGGCAGAGACGGAGCAUCACGAGGGACAGUGACACGCCCCUGUCCCUGAUGUCGGUCAACCACGAGGAGCUGGAGAGGUCUCCGAGUGGCUUCAGCAUCUCCCAAGACAGAGACGAUUACGUGUUUGGCCCCAACGGGGGGUUGAGCUGGAUGAGGGAGAAACGUUACCUCGCCGAGGGUGAGACAGACACGGACACGGACCCCUUCACACCCAGUGGCUCCCUGCCUCUGUCAUCCACAGGGGACGGGAUUUCUGAUUCCGUAUGGACCCCUCCCAACAAGCCCAUUUAAAAGGGGUCAGGGGCUGCGUCCUCCUUGUAAUGUAGACACACGUUGUAUGGCUCACUUGCUCUCACAGCCGACACUUAGCAGUGAGACCACCAGUGG